UGUUCAUACAUAAGGUUGGGGGGAGGGAGACAUUGCUCUUCCCCAAUAUUACAGAAUGGACAAUGUGAAUCCAACAGGCAGUGUGAGAGGACAGUGAGAAGCUCUGUAGGAAAUAUCUGAGAGAUAAAGCAGUGGAGAUGAUCAAAUCCAUACCCCAGCACUGACCCCUGGAUCACCCCAUCCAGUCCACCAGCCAGCACUGACCCCUGGGUCACUCCACUCAGUUUAUCCCCUAGAUCACCCCGCUCAGUCCGUCUCCCAGUGCUGACCCCUGGAUCACCCCACUCAGUCCGACUCCAGCACUAACCUCCUGAUACCAUUCAUUACUGGAGUAUAAUUUCCAAUUCUAUUUGAUACUAGAUUACCCUCCCCUCAGAUCAGGCAAGUUGUCAUUUAUUUGCAAAAAAUUGAAUACUAUUUCCUGUUUGAUCACCGAUAGGAAUUCACACGUUUCAAUGGAUAACAAUUGUUGAAAUCACUGACGACGGUGAUAUUAAGAGAUCGAUGCGACUUGGAUUUUAUGGAAAGGAUUACCUCAGCUUCGAUCAAGAUAGAAUGAGAUGGAUCACAACCAAUCACAAUGCAGUGAAGACUAAAGAGAAAUGGGUUCUGAUGAAUCCUGGAACAAAUAUUGGGAAACAUCUAGAGCAAGGGUUUGUUCAGGAUUUAAAGAGAUAUUUGCAAGCUGGAAAGCAGUAUUUUGGAAGGAAAGUUCAGCCUGAAGUGUUCAUCUCCAGGAGGGAGCCCAAUGGUCAGGACAAGCCGCUCACUCUCUCCUGCUUGGUCACUGGGUUUUAUCCUGUAGACAUCGAGGUGACCUGGCUAAGGAAUGGAGAGGUCAUGUCUGAGAGCCAAUCCUCGGGGGUUCGACCGAACCACGAUGGGACCCAUCAGAUCCAGAAAGAGAUUGAGAUCAAUGCUGGGGAUGAGGAUCAAUACUCCUGUCACAUUGAACACAGCAGCCUGGCAGAGGCCCAGCUCUAUCAGUGGGGUGAGGGACUGGAGUCUGUGUGUCUGUGUGUGUCCAUGCAAUUUUUUUUACAACGCAUAAACUUUUAAAAUUUAUGAAAAUAC